AUGCAGCGCAUGGAUAAAGUCAACGUUUAUGCUCCAGUCAAUGGGCGAUUUCAGAAACGCGAGGAUGAUCCAGAAGAGUUCCUCCAGAAACCUCUCCGUCCAGGCGUUCAGAUAAUAUUUGCAAGCUGGAAUCGUUUUCAACAGUCCCAAUCACUGACGGAGCUUCUGAGCUCCCACUACAAAUAUCCUGCUCAAUUAUGGGAUAAAAUGCAUCACGAAUCUAAUGGUUAUGCUGGCAAUGCAACACACAACCUGAGUAGUGGGCAAUUGAACACAUCGUGGUUUCACUUUCUGAUCAAACAGCUGGAUGAGCGGCCUCUCCCCAGCGGCUCCCCUGAUCACAAAUGGUACAGAUGGUACGAGAUGAGCUUCUACGUCUACUCGACAAAUAAUACCACAGGGGACGCGCUCUUAUUCUGCUUCGACACCCCAUCUGGUUUUCAAUCGGAGCUCAUCGAGCUUCUCAAUACCACCAGAAGUGAUCCACCCAAAGAGCCACUUGCUUUUCUCCAAAGCUCCGUAGUCGGGGUAGUGGUCAAAAUGUACGACGAGUCUGUCUGGCGUGCACGAGACCAUAUACGGAGAAUCGAAAUGGAAAGAUCUGUGAAAGCCGAGACACCAGACUUCGACUUCGAGCAGCUCCAUGAAGUAGCGCGCCAUGUGAUUCACAUCUGUGAAGUGCUUGAGGUUUCUGUCGACUCCGUCCAAGAGCUCCUCAAUGGUCAUAGAACAAUUAAUCCCGCCUUAUGCGAUUGCCCUGGGGUUUCCGAUGGGGACAAGCCAAACUGUCCUCACAACGAAAUGCGAUUUUGGCUCAGAAUGCUGCGAAACUUCUUUCGCCGGGCUGAAUCGCUGAAAUUACGACUUCAGAACGAAAUCAAUCUGGGAUUCAAUAAAGUUGUCCAAAGGGACAGCAAAGCCACUAUUCAGAUAGCCUCAGAGACGAUGAGCAUCAGUCGAGCUGCCAAGAGCGAUAGUGCAUCCAUGAAGACCAUCGCCGUCGUUACCCUUGCCUUCCUCCCGGCCACAUUUGUAUCGACGGUAUUCAGCAUGAGCUUCUUCGAGCUAUCAGUCGAUGAACAAGGAGCAACACAGUGGAACAUGUCAGAUCAGUUUUGGAUUUACUGGGCCAUCGCAGCACCUCUCACAUUCAUGACUCUGGCUAUCUGGAGUAUCCCCCAAAGGAACGAGCUGAUAAACAUCUUCUUCGGUCCCAAGGACAAACAAGGGAAGCAGAUGGUCUAG